UAUUAACUGAUCGAGGCUUGUUAGCGAAAACAGUAAAACUCCAAUUACUUACAUUGGAUAAUUCAAGAUGGCUAAUAUAACUCUCAUCUCUUAUCUCUUGCAUUUGCACUGACUAAAACAAAAUACACUAAAAAACACAAAAACAAAAACAAAAAUGGCUAAAGUGAAUCAAAUAUUAACGUUAGCCCUUCUGAUUUCCUUGUUGGUUACAUCAGCGAUCGGCGACGAAAAGCCACGUGGCGUCACUUACGAUGGUCGUUCCUUGAUCGUCAAUGGGAACAGGGAACUCUUCUUUUCUGGUUCUAUUCAUUAUCCCCGUAGCCCUCCUGAGAUGUGGCCAGAUAUCAUUAGGAAGGCUAAGGAAGGAGGUAUUAAUCUCAUCCAAACUUACGUGUUCUGGAACAUUCACGAGCCCGUUCAAGGCCAGUUCAAUUUUGAAGGAGAUUUUGACAUUGUCAAAUUCAUCAAGGAGAUCGGUAAACAGGAUAUGUAUGUAACUCUGAGAAUUGGACCUUAUAUUGAAGCCGAAUGGAGUUCAGGAGGGUUUCCAUACUGGUUAAGAGAGGUUAAAAAUAUCACAUUCCGUUCUUAUAACGAGCCAUUCGUGUACCAUAUGAAAAAAUACGCAAAAAUGAUCAUUGAAUUGAUGAAAAAGGAGAAGUUGUUCGCACCCCAAGGAGGUCCCAUUAUCCUGGCUCAGAUAGAAAAUGAGUACAACAAUGUCCAGGCUGCUUAUGAAGAGAAUGGAAAGAAAUAUAUUGAGUGGGCAGCAAAUAUGGCUGCCGAAUUAUACAAUGGAGUACCCUGGAUUAUGUGCAAGCAAAAAGAUGCCCCUCCUUCAGUGAUAAACACAUGCAAUGGGAGGCAUUGUGCGGAUACUUUCACGGGCCCUAAUGGUCCCAACAAGCCUUCUUUGUGGACUGAAAAUUGGACAGCCCAGUAUAGAACUUUUGGAGACCCGCCAUCACAAAGAUCAGCAGAAGAUCUUGCUUUUUCUGUGGCUCGUUUCUUUGCCAAGAGUGGAACUCUUACAAACUAUUACAUGUACCAUGGUGGAACCAACUUUGGAAGAUCAAGCUCUUCUUUCGUGACUACUCGUUAUUAUGAUGAGGCCCCUCUUGAUGAAUUUGGUUUAAUGAGGGACCCUAAAUGGAGUCACUUGAGAGACUUGCACAGGGCUUUAAGAUUGUCAAGAAGAGCUCUUCUUUGGGGUACUCGCACUGUACAGAAGAUUAACGAGAACCUUGAGAUUACUGUCUAUGAGAACACUGGAACUGAUCCUAUGUGUGCUGCCUUUUUGACCAACAACCACACCAAGCUACCUUCCAACAUUACAUUUAGGGGAGCAGAAUAUUACUUGCCUGAAAAAUCAGUUAGCAUUCUUGCUGAUUGUAAGACUGUGGUUUACAACACCCAAACGGUAGUCUCCCAACACAAUUCAAGAAAUUUUGUACCAUCAGAGAAAGCAAAGAAUCUUAAAUGGGAAAUGUAUCAAGAAAAAGUACCAACUAUCAAUGAUUUAGCACUUAAGAACAGGGAACCCUUGGAGCUCUACGCUUUGACUAAAGAUAAAUCAGACUAUGCGUGGUACGCCACAAGCAUCAACCUUAAUCGACGUGACUUGCCCAUGAGACCUGAUAUUCUCCCUAUCUUGCAAAUUGCAAGUAUGGGCCAUGCAUUGGGUGCCUUUGUCAAUGGACAAUAUGUUGGGUUUGGGCAUGGGAACAAUAUUGAGAAGAGCUUCGUUUUCCGGCAACCCAUCGUCUUGAAACCCGGAGUUAAUGACAUCACCCUUUUGGCUGAGAUAGUUGGAUAUCCGAAUAGUGGAGCCUAUAUGGAAAAGAGGUUUGCAGGACCACGUGGUGUAACACUUCAAGGUUUAAUGGCCGGAACUCUUGAUAUCACCCUAAAUGUUUGGGGACAUGAGGUUGGUGUAUUUGGAGAAAAAGAACAAUUAUUCACAGAAGAUGGUGCAAAGAAAGUAAAAUGGACUUCCGUAACUGGUCCUCCACCAGGACAUGUUACUUGGUAUAAGACAUAUUUUGAUGCCCCUGAAGGCACUGACCCAGUGGCCUUAAGAAUGGACCAAAUGCAAAAAGGUAUGAUGUGGGUCAAUGGUAAAAGCCUUGGUCGUUACUGGGUAUCUUUCCUGUCUCCUCUUGGACAACCGACUCAAUCCGAAUAUCAUGUUCCAAGAGCAUUUUUGAAGCCAAAGAAUAAUCUUCUAGUUGUUUUUGAAGAAACGGGAGGUCAUCCAGAAAAAAUUGAAAUCGUAACAGUGAACCGAGACACAAUUUGCAGUAUGAUCACCGAAUAUCAUCCUCCAAAUGUUAAGUAUUGGGAGAGAUCUGGUAGUAAAUUCCGCGCGGUUGUAGAAGAUCUUAAAGCAGGAGCUCAUUUAACUUGUCCAGAUGAUAAUGUGAUCGAAAAAGUUGAGUUUGCUAGUUAUGGUGAUCCAGAUGGUGCAUGUGGAAAUUUUUAUAUGGGAAAUUGCACUUCAUCAAAUAGUAUUAAAGUUGCAGAAAAAUAUUGUUUGGGAAAGCACACUUGUUCUAUCCCAGUUGAGAGAGAAAUAUUUGAUGAGACAAAUAAGGAUCCAUGCCCUAACAUCUUCAAGACUUUAGCUGUCCAAGUCAAAUGUGUUGUACCAAAGAAGAAUUAAUUAGGGUCGCUUUCUUUGGUUUAUAAUAGGUUGAAAGCUUGGCGAGAUCAUAGGUUAGGGCCAUUGAAUUCAGUAUUAUUGUAAUUUAGGAUUAGAGCUGACAAAAAUCUUUAUUUUAGACAGAGAGAGAGAGAGAGAGAGACAGAGAGAAAGCAUAUUUCAUUCUAGUCGUUAAUUAUUUCUUUUCUCUAUAUUGGAGAUAAUUGUCCGUAAUGACAGAUCAUGGCCGAUAGAUACUAUAUUGAGAAUGAACAGACUACUAAAUCUUGGAUUUUCAUGAAUAUUUGUCAUAGCUUUCUCGUAUAUAUAAAUAGUUCCCCUCUAGUUUUACUAGUGUCCAGUUGGGGUGUUCGUUCAUUUUUUUUGUUUGGUUUGUAUUAUUUGAUUUUGGUUCUUUGAUUUUUGGUUUCGGAAAAUUG